GCUCCUCUGCCCUGCGCCGGAAGCCUCUGCGCCGCCCCUUCCCCGCGCCGCUGGCCUUAUCUCUGCGCACAGGGGCCUCCGGGGAGUGGCGGGCGCCGGGAGGGAGCGGGUGGCAUGGGCCCGGGUCCCCGGGGCACGCGCCGCUCGCGGGGUCGCCGGGUGCCUCGGCUGCUGAGGCUUGUGCUGCUGCUUGGCUUGGCCCGCGGUGUUAGCGGAGAACCGGGCACCGACGACCUAGGUGUCUGUGCCACUUGCCAUGAACACGCCACAUGCCAGGAAAAGGACGGGAAGAGGAUCUGCAUUUGCAACUAUGGCUUUUGGGGCAACGGGAGGACACGGUGUGUUGAUAAAGACGAGUGCCAAUUCGGAGCCACUGUGAUCUGUGGGAACCACACUUCCUGCCACAACACACCUGGAGGGUUCUACUGCAUUUGCCACAAAGGCUAUCGGGCUACAAAUAACAACAGGACGUUCAUUCCCAACGACGGCACUUUCUGUACAGAUGUAAAUGAGUGUGAAGUUCCUGGCCUGUGCCGUCAUGGAGGUCAGUGUAUCAACACUCCUGGGAGCUUUGAAUGCUAUUGCAUGCAAGGAUACGUGGCAAAGGACGGUCCCGAGCCCUUCCACCCAAGCACAGACGGCACAUCAUGCACAGAAAUAGAUUGUGGUCCCCCUCCUGAAGUCCCUGGUGGCCACAUCACAGGGAAUUACAGCUCCACGCUGGGCGGUCAGGUCCGUUACAGCUGCAAAGAGGGGUUUCUCAGCGUCUCGGGAGAUGGAAUUUCACGUUGCACGGCCCUGGGCACGUGGGAAUCUCCGAAGUUACGUUGCCAAGAGAUCAGCUGUGGCAGCCCUCCCGAAGUCCAGAAGGCCAUCUUGGUGGGGAAUCCCACCUCCAGCCUGGGCAGUGUGGCUCACUAUGUCUGUCAGGAGGGCUUCGAGAGUCCUGGAGAAAAGAUCACUUCUGUUUGCACGGAGCAAGGCUGGAGUGAGAUCUCUUACACAUGCACAGAAAUAAUGGUCGAAAUUCAUGAUGUGUCUGUGUUUAAUGGCAGCUGUGUUAGGUGGCACAUAAGUCCAGAAAGCAUAAACUCCAAGAUCAUGUACAUGAUAAAUAUUGAAAGACAGCAGUCGAAUGCUGUGGAAUCCGCUCGCGAGGAGACAGUCAACGUGACCACAGACAGCAGGACCCCAGAAGUGUGCCUUCACCUCCAACAAGGUGCCAACUACACCGUGCGCGUUUCUGCGGCCCCUCCCCGGCGCUCCGUGCCCGCCAUCCUUGGUUUCCAGACCGCUGAAGAUGAUCUCUUAGAAGAUGGUGGAAUUCUCAAUAUUUCAGUAUUUAAUGACACGUGUUUGAAGUUGAACAGGCGUUCUACGAAAGAUGGAUCGGAACAAAUGUAUCAAGUGGAAGUUCUGGGUCAGAGGUGGUAUCUGGAGAGCUCUUAUCAUGCAACUUUCUUUAACUUCACAACAAGAGACCAAGCUCCGGAAGUGUGUUUAGAGCUGUACCCAGCCACUGAUUACACAAUAAACAUCACCCUCCUGCGACCCACCGAGCCACACUCGGCACAAAUAAGCCUAACAACUGCACUAACAGCCAAACAAACCGUCACUGACGUUUCAGUAUAUAACGAGACCUGCCUGAGAUGGAGAAGCCUGAAGACAGCCAAUGUAGAAGAGCUGUAUUUAUUCCACAUUUGGGGCCAGAGAUGGUAUCAGAAGGCAUUUGUUCUGGAAAUAGUCUUUAACAUCACCAGUCGCAGCCAGGCCCCUGAGAUCUGCCUGGACCUGCAUCCGGGUACCAACUACAAUGUCAGCCUUCAGGCUCUGUCUUCAGCACUUCCUGUGGUCAUCUACUUGACAACCCAGAUAGCAGAGCCCCCACUUCCGGAAGUAGAAUUUUUCAGUGUCCAAGGAGGGCCUCUACCACACUUCCGGCUGAGGAAAGCCAAGGAUGUAAAUGGACCGAUCAGCUCCUACCAGUUGCUGGUUCUUCCCCUGUCCUUGGAAAGCACGUUUUCUUGUGGAUCUGAAGGCAUGACUUCAUUUUUUGGCAACACCUCUCUUGCUGAUGGCUAUGUGGCUGCGGAAAUACUGGCCAGCGAUGUUCCAGACGAUGCAUUGGAGAUUCCUGUCGGAGACAGGCUGUACUAUGGGGAAUAUUACAACGCGCCUUUGAAACCAGGACACGAUUACUGCAUCCUAGUACGGAUCACAAGUGAAUGGAAUAAGGUGAUUCUAGAUUGCAUUGAGUUGACCACACCAACCAUUGUGAGAAGAUACUCCUGUGCCAUCUGGGCCGAGGUGAAAGACUCAUCCCUCACGCCACAGCAGAUGGUGGGCGUCGGACUGGGCUCCGUGGCUUUUGUGACCGUUCUUGCAUUCCUUUCCUUCUCAGCGGUGUGAUGGCUGGUGCGCACCACCUGGAAAUACUGCCUUAUGAUGGACAGCUGUUUCUACAGCUUUUCAGGUGCCUGGGCUGUGUGACUUCCAUCCAGAGCCCUUGUGUGAACCUGAAACCUUCUCCAUCCCAGCAUGGCCUCGUCCCUGAAUUCAAGAUGGCACCAACCCUAUCUCUGUGGAAUCUUCCAAAAGGAGAAAACUUGGGAACUGUUUUAUGUGCUUCAUGCUUUCAGGAUCAGUGUGGUCCAUGAACUUGAGACUCAUGCCCAGUGUAAUACUGACCACAGGCCACAGUUCCGAGAGUCAGCUUCCAUACUGACCAUAGGCCACAGCCCUGGGAGUCAGCUCCUGUAGACACUGGCUGUGCCCAGGCCAUAGACCCUGAGAUGUGGAGUCGCUGGAUCUUACUUUAGGUACCCCUGCUAAUUAGUUCGGGUUCAUUCUUUCGCAGUAGAUAAUGAGAUGGGCUUAAGUCUGGGCUGGAACUUGGUUUUUUGAAGGAGGUCAUUGGAUAAAGAACAGUGUCAUGAACAAAUGUUUCAAGUGUUUUAGAAUUAGCCCUUCCCUACAGUUUACUGACGAACUAAUUAGAAAAUACAGUAACGUGGCCACCCUCUUGGGUUCCCUGCAUGACUGUUAGGCAGCCUGGCUUCGAUACAAUUCCAGUUGUUUAUGUGAGAUCAAAAGUAAUGCCUACUUUCCAGUAAAACACAUUCUGUAAUUUUGCCCAUUCUUUCCUUGGUUUGGUUUUGGUUUUGUCUCACCAUCUAUGAAAUUGUUCUCUGCCUCCCUUGAGAAAUUUGGGUUUGGCAGUAAUGUAGAAACAGUGGGUUAAAGUAGCAUCCAUCCAGUUCACGACCAGAAUCUGCAUGAGUGUUGGGGGGAGGGGGGAUCAUGGUGAUUGACAUACCUUAGGUACACCUCAGAAACCAUGACUGAGACCGUGUCGUGGCCCAUGAACAUUAGCUAUAGGCAGGGCUGGCCUACUGUCCACAUAGUGGAUAUACACAUAGAGUGUAUUCAGUUUGACUUUUAAAACCCAGUUGGUAUUUUUCAGCUUCUUCUCUAACCACAGCUCAGCUCCAAGGCUGUGGCUUCUCUCUUCCUUCUCCCUUCCUCCCUCGCUAGACCUACAGAAUCCAGAGCACAGGGGGAGGGAAAGGACAUGUGGUUACACAGUACAACCUCAAGGUGGAACACAAUGUGGCCCUGGAACUGUGUACCCCUGUGGUCCUGAGGAAGACAGGCAAUCUUUCCAGGACCAUGACUGAUGUGUUCUCUGCUGGCUUGCAGGGUGUUUGUGGGUGGAGGUCAUAGCCGAGUUGCCCAGUGAUUAUGACUUCUAUCUGGUUUGUCUCAUGGUGAAAUGUGAUUGGUGUGCGACCUUUACGAACUGAAUUGAGUAUUGGGGGGUGUUAGUACCUUUCCUCCCUUUCUUCUGGGAUUGGCUUAGUUCCCACAAGAGCAUGGGAUACUGGUGAGUCCGUCCUCCCUGUGAAACAUCAAGAGACCCCAUCAGAAGUUGUGAAGAUGCCCUGGCCAUGCCCUUGGGCUUCCCAGGCUCCUGAGCCAGAACCCAAUUAACAGCUCCUUUGUGCUUUGUAAAUCACUGAUACUCAGCUGUUCUGUUAGAACAGAAAACAGACUGAAACACUAUUGAACUGCUCAUGAAGCUGCUCCAACCUGGAGGGUGGGGCUAGUUCUACUCAACUGGGAAAAGCCAGGCGGAGGGAGGCAAGCCAGACUUGUGUAUGCAAUGCCAGCUGCCGGCCUUGCUAGUCCUCUGUCCUUUGAGUUACGUGGGACCAAUAUUCCCAGCACUCCCUAAUUUUGCAUUCUAGGAUAGCUGUCCAGGAUGUGGUUGCCCAUGUAGGGACAUAGCAUAAUUGCCACCGAAAGAAGGAAAUCUCACCUGUUUAAUAAAAAAAAAAGCUUCUGGUUCAAUAACUGUGUUAAGUAAAUUAUCAGCUUGUCGUGCAGUAUAGAAAUGAAAAAACAGUGCAUUACAGCUGCAAAAACAGCAAACACACAGACUUUGUUAUUUCCUCUGAUUGUUUUAACUUACGACGGAGUUGCUCUGUGCACAAACACAACAGGAGCAGGCGGUGGGCAUUUCCCCGCUGUUCGUCUUAGUUUUCCCAUAAGCACGAAGAAAGAAAUUUUACAACAUAAGACCUCUCCCCCCUCCUUAAUUGGAUUCCCAGUUAAUGGAGGGACAAGGGAUACUUGUAGACUAUGGUGUUGAGCUGGCUUCUGAGUCCCACUCACUAAAGCUAGAUCUGGAGCCAGAGACAUGGCUCAGCCUGGCGACCUGAGAUGAAGCCUGGGGACCUAUGCAGUGGACAGAGAAAGCUGAUUCUUGCAGAUUGUCCUUGGAACGCCACGUGUGUUCUGUGGCAUGUGUAUGCCCAUACAUAUACACAGACAUACAUGCACACAAAAUGUAAUUUUUAAAAUAUAGAUCCUAACGUAGGGGUGGAGGAAGAUUCUUUCCCACAUGACCACCAUGGGAACAUCUUAGAUCUGGUUUUAAAUUAGCUUCCAGAUUGGGAAUCAGAAUUAAGGUAUUGCCCAGCCAUGGAACAAACACACUCACUUUGGACUGUUGUGGGUUUGUGUGUAUAUGUGUGCAAAGUUUGUGGGGACACCCUUAGCUAUACACCAGGCACCUCUUUCAUUCCAUCUUCACUAGGUUCUGUGAAGUAGAAAGGUCAGGGGUUUCAGGUCCCCAUUUUAAAGGGAGAAACGGAUGCGGACAGCUUUGUGACUUGAAUGUUUUGAUGUAAAUCUAGUUUUCUUUCCUGGCACUGGCUAAUCCAAGGAUUAGCCACCGAGGUAAUUUGAGACUGGUUCACAUGGGUUUGGGGAACCGUACUUGGGUCCUCUGCAAGAGCAAUAAGCGCUCUUAACCCUACCAACUUUGCAACCCACAGCAAAUCCAUUUUUAAAGAAUUGAGCAUUGUGUGCUCUGGGCACAGAGAGAAUGGGUCAUUUCAGUUGUGGUGGCUAUGUUGGUAUAAGCCUUCAUAUCCCUACCUUUUGAGAACAUCAUUCAGGUUCCCCCAGAAGGAUUUGGACUAUGAGUGUGUUUUGUGAUUUGCUUUCACCCCUCAGUAUUUCCUGGGCCUUGUCAGUAGUGACUGACUUACAAGUCUAUACCAUGGUUUAUUUAGUUGUAUUCUAUCAUGCAUAUAUAUCUAGAGUGUUUCCAGGUUUUUCCUUAUACAAGCCUGUAGAAAAAUGUGCAGUUGUUAGAUUAAAUUCAUAGCCGUAAGGUUAUUGGAAUGAAAACUAUGUAUUGAACUAUGCUUUGCUGGGAAGUCAAUUUACACUAUCACCAAUAAAAAGCCUCAGCUCCAGCAGCUGGAGUUGAUAUCGCUCAUCUCUAUGCCUCUGGUAGGUGAAAAGUAACGUUUUAAUGUUUUUAAUGUUUUGCUUGCGUUUCUUGGCAAUUAUACAUGCUGGUUGGCCCUUUGUAGCUGGUCUUUGAGAAGAACCAUUGCCUUUUUUCUCCCUAAGAUACUUGUCUAUUUUAAUUGAGCUAGCUCUUUAUGGAUCAGAGAGGUGGCCAGUGGUUAGGAGCACACUCUGCUCUUGUAGAGUUCCUGAGCUCGGUUCCCAGCACCCACAUCUAGUGCUUGGUUCUCAGUCACCUGUAACUCCAGGUCCAGGAGAACCUGAUGCCUGUGGUCACCAUGGAAACCUACACUCCCAUGGACCACCUUCUCUCCCCACAUGCAUUUCUCCCCUGCCAAAAACUCUUCAUAUCAUUGCGAUUUUAAUGCUCACCUGGCAUAUAUUUUAUUACCUUUUUCUAGUGUGUCAUUUUCAGAAGGGAUAAUAUUGUUUUAAAACUUCAUUUGGGCUCUAUAGUGUCACAUAAACCCAUCACAUUGGUAAAGCCAAAUUUACCAGUCUUUCCCCUUUAGAUGGCCUUGUUGCUAUGCUCAGAAGGACCUCCAAAGCUAGGUAUUAAAUAAAACAUAAGAUUUCAAAAAGUAAAUCUUUAAUCUACUAGGAAUUGAUUUGGGCAUAGGGAUGAGGUGGGUGAGGAAGCAUCGUUUCUAUCGCUGCUAAGUGCUUUUCUGCAUGUCUAUUGACCUCCUCUCUUGUCAUCCAAAACAUCUUUUGUUCUGUUGAUGUGCCCUGGGCCAGUAUGACCUGCUGUAGUGUUAAAAUAGAUUUGUGAAAAAUACUAAGUAUAGGGCCGCUCCUCUGUUUCCCCCAGAGUGUUCCCAGCUUUUUAAAAACUUAUUUACGUAUAGGUAUUUAUUUACAUAAAUUAAAGAUUUGGUCAAGUUCUCUUUAGUGUCCACAUAGGAGAGUAAACAUGUAACACUUUUCUUUCUGAUUCUGGUUUAAUUUUCUCAGCAUGAUAACCUUAUUAAUUUUCUUACAAAGCUCAUCAAUUUUCUUACGAAGGACUGUACAGUCUUCUUAAUUGCUGACAAUGCUCCAUCAUGUAUGUCUACCACAGUUUGUUUUCCAUUCUCCCAUUCCUCCCACGGUUCUAUGGUGUGUAAGCAUCACUUAGGAAAAAAUAAAAAACCAAACAACAACAGAAGUAAGCAUAGUGUGAUGUCUUCUCACCUUUCAAGUCAGGAGAAACCCAGUUUGAUAACACCUCCUUUUUAGAGGCUGGGGGGAAACGGCGCUCAUCCAUGGCUGGAGAAAAAGGAAAGGGAAUCAUCAAUAUUUAUAUAAUUCCGCAUGCCUUCAUCCGUCUACCCAGAAGUCUCAUUCUGGGACCUGUCCUGUGG